GCAUAUUGUCCAAGAGGAAUGAGCUCUCUCAAGGUUAUUCCACUCUCGCGAUACUUUCUUCUAGGAAGGAUCCAGACUUGUAUCCAUCUCUGCCCAGAGCUCCACUGUCUAAAAAGAUGAAAAUAUAACUAGCAUCAACAGCUCACGAUACCUCUCCGACCUUAGAGCUUCGGCGAAUUCUCAAAGUCUCGCAGUCUUAUUGGCGACCGGAACUUAUUCUAACACUUGCGGAUGUAGAAUAUUACCGUGCAUUGGCGCUAACGGGACUAUAUUAGCUCUCUCAUGCAUCUGAGCCUAACUUAGCUCAACGUGAGACAACCUCAACUGAGUAGGUUGGCCUGAUCGCCCACAAGUGUAUCUAUCCCACCAGGUUCUGUCCAAUCUCCGGCCAUGUCGUCCUCCUUCAACUCCACUGGGGAUGCGCCAACGCAGCGAGUUCCAGCCUGGAAGCGAUUGGGUCUCAAGCUCAAACCUGCAUCUGAGGGACAAAGCCAUGACGCUACCCACCCUCCCACCACCCACGGGACGGUUGCCACUCCCGAGUCUUCGUCAUCAGUGCCCAACAAUCGGGCACAUCUUGGCGGCUCAACCCCCAAUGCGAAAAGGAGAGCCUCGGGCGGUGCCCCUGCAUUAGACCACUCUGCCAAAAGGGCCAGGCAGGACAAUUGGCAGGACCAGAACUCCUCCUCCCACCAGACACCACCCAGCAAGAAACCAAAGGCUGUCUCCUUCACCGCGGAUACAGCCGGCCCGCAACCUUCCGUACCAGUGAAAACCAAGCAGCCAAAGCCAAAGCAGCCAAAGGGUGCUGCCGUCAACGCUGCCGCCGCGGCUCCGGCAAAGCCAAUCAAGAAGUCUGCCCCCGUCAAUCUAGAGCCGGCGCUCGCCUACCUGCGGACCUGGCACACGGCGCGGGACAGCUGGAAAUUCAACAAGAACCACCAAACGCGGCUAUUGGAGCAAGUGUUCGCGGGCGCGGACGAGACCACCAUCCCCGCGGUGGACAUCAACGUGUUCUACGAGUACAUUCGAGGCCUGCAAGGCGGCGUGCGGACACGGCUACGGGAGCUCGCCAACGGCAUCAAGGCGCAAGAUAUGCAGGCAGGCGCCGCUGGCUUCUCUGGGGUGGCCUCCAAGGAGAUGGCGGAGCGGAAGCAGAAGGAAUACGAUGAGGUCAUCAAGAUGUUCCUGGGCCAACCCCGGACGCCCGAGAAGCGGCGCUUCGACGAGGUGGAAUACGUCCUGCGCACGACGGACAUGGAGAUGCAGCGUCGCGUCGUCAAGCGGAUGCGCGCGGAGAUGGUUCUGGACGAGCUCUCUGAGACCGACGCAUCGGAGACGACGACAGCAACAACCACAACCACGAGCGGAGAGUCUACAGCUACAGAGAAAGGAAAUCCACCGGGCAGCGGAGAUGGCGAUGACGAGAAGCAACGCCUCAAGCUCAACGACGGCCCGCAGCAGAGGACGAAGCGGAAGAGGAAACUGCGCACGGCCGCCGUCGAAGACGACACGAGCUCAGAGUCCGAAUCCGAAAGCGAGUCCGAGGACGACACCAGCUCUAGCGGGAGCGAUAGCAGUAGCGGUAGCAGCUCGGGUUCAUCUUCGGACGAGGACUCGGACGAGGAGGGGGGGAAUAGAGAUAAUGAGGAUACCUCGUCGAGCAGUUCGUCGUCUUCGUCUUCGGAGUCGUCUGAUUCCGAGGAUGACGACGAUUAGACAUGUACUUCCCCCGGAAUGUUGGUUCUUGUUAGACUUGAUACACCAGGAUAAGAUACCCAGAAAAGUAAUUCAGGCAAUUCACAUAUCGACUUUGACACCAUGUGCAUAGUAUUGUAAAAGUGAUAUAACGCUGAUAUUGUU